ACUUUAUUGCUAAACGAUGUCGGAGAAAGAACACAGCCUCAACAACACCGCAGGUGGUUACCCCGCGGAAGAGGACAAGCAGGAGGAGAAAGAGCAGGAGAAGGAAAAGCAGGAAGAGCCGGCAAAGAAAAAAUCUGAGGAGGCCGGUUCUUCACCGCCACCAAAGCGCAUGCGAGUCGACGAUCCGGCCUGCGGAGAGCUGGUUCGGCUGCUCGUCGAGUUGGAUGUACAACAGGCAGAGCUGGAAUUCAGCGCUAGUGGCUGCGACUCAGGGAAUCUUGGUGGCGCUGGCGGCAGCAAUUCCAAUAAGACCCAACUGGAGUCCCAAGAGAAAGAGCAGGAUCAGGAAAAGCAGGAGGAGGAUGAAAAAGAGCAGGAGCAGGAAGAGCAGAAGGAUGAAGAGCAGCAGGAGGACGAGAUGGAGGAGGAAGAGCAGGAGGAGGAAGAGGAGGAGGAUGAAGAGCAGGAAGAAGAAGAGGAGGAGGAUGAAGAGCAGGAAGAAGAAGAGCACGACGAGGAUGACCAGGAGGAGGGAGAGCCGACAAAGAAAAAACCCGAGGAGGCCGGUUCGACGCCGUCACCAAAGCACAUGGGUGCCGCCUAGGAAUGCUCGGUUGGUCCGCUGUACAGCUACAUGUUUGGUGACACGGUUUACUUCAUCGUCACCUGGAAGGGAUCCCUUGGGGAAGCCGUGCCUGUUGAGCUGAUCAAACAUGUGCACGACAAGCUACUCAUUGACUUCAUUACGAGCUUGAAGCUACAGGACUAAAAAACUCCGAAGCCCAAAAAUUUAUAAAAUAACUAGAGCGAUCUCCCAGCCAUCAUUAAAAUACUUUGAAUCAGAUCACAAUAUAUAACCCAGAUUACUUCUUUUUUUUUGUAUUUGUCUUGUAACACAAAGCUUGCUUCAAAAUAAAACUGAAUUCG